AUGUCCGCACCCAUCGACAGUGCCACCGCCCAGCUGGCCAACACCUCCCUCGACAACACCACCGCUCCCACCACCGAGAGCACUGGCGCCCAGCAGCCCACCGCAGCCGAGGACGAGGCUGUCCGUGCUUCUGCCGCCGAGGGCAGGCGACUUUAUAUUGGAAACCUCGCGUACGCGACCACCGAGGGGGAGUUGAAGGAUUUCUUCAAGGACUACCUGGUCGAGUCCACGACCAUCCCCACCAACCCCCGCACUUCGCGCCCUGUUGGCUACGCCUUCGUCGCGCUCUCGACCCCCUCUGAGGCUGAGCGUGCCAUCGCAGAGCUCAACGGCAAGGCCAUUCUCGACCGCAAGGUCUCCAUUCAGCUUGCCCGUACUCCUGAGGCUCACGCCGAAGGUGCUGGCAGCGGUGCCGAGGGCAACAACGCCGAACACCGUCGUCGCAACUCUACCCGUGGACGCGGUCGUGGCCGUGGUCGUGGUGGCCGCGCUGGACGUGGAGGACGUGCUGCCGAAGGCGCCGAUGGUGCCGAGCAGGUAGAGCUCUCCAACGAGGCCCCUGCGGACUCUACCCCCACAAAUGGUGACAAGAAGGACGCCGCUCCCCGUGAGCCUCGUGAGCGCAAGCAGCGUGGUCCUCCCGAGGAUGGUGUCGCCUCCAAGACCAAGGUCAUGGUCGCCAACCUUCCUUAUGACCUGAAGGAGGAUAGGCUCCUCGAAAUUUUCAAGGAUUACUCCCCCACCCAGGCCAAGAUCGCCCUCCGCCCUAUCCCCCGUUUCAUGGUCAAGAAGCUCCAAGCUCGCGGUGAGCCCCGCAAGGGCCGUGGCUUCGGUUUCGUCACCCUCGGUUCUGAAGAGCUCCAGCAAAAGGCUUGCGCCGAGAUGAACGGCAAGGAGAUUGAGGGCCGUGAGAUCGCCGUUAAGGUCGCGAUCGACUCCCCCGGCAAGGAGGAUGAUCACGUCGAGGCUGCCGAGGGCGAUGCUGCUCCCAAGGAGGCUGCUGCUGCCACCGAGUCCACCGACAAGCCGGCCGAGACCCCAGCUGCUACCACCACUGCUUAG